AUGUAUGCAUUUCCCCACAAACUAUUAGGUCUCCAAAAGAGGAACUUGCAUUCUUACCUUCCAAGUCUACGCCCUUGUGGAUACAAAAUUGGAUUUCACAACCUUAAAGUUCUUCUUUUCAAAUGUGUUGAUGUGACUGAUGAAGUUCAUGAAUACUUAUUGUCCAACUGUCCAGUUCUUGAACAAUUAACCGUGUCCGAACUGAAAAGUUUGGUUAAUAUACGAGUUGUUCAUCCAUCGUUGGAGAGUCUCAUGCUGGAUAUCACCGGAUCGGUUAGUAUGUGA